AGUCCAUUCUUAUUCUUUGGAAAUGAGUAAAUUAGUUUCUAAGAAAAGUUCAGUGGUUAUAUUACUUCGUGUGUUAUGGAUGAUACUGCUUCUUCUACACCUCCAUUCUUGUUUCUUCAUAACAGCAGCAACUUGCAUCCAAAAGGAGCGUGAAGCUCUUCUUCAAUUCAAGAAUAGUUUUUCUUAUGAUCCUUCUCAUCCCUUGGCUUCGUGGAAUAAUGGAACUGAUUGCUGUAAUUGGAAAGGAGUGGGUUGCAAUCAAAUUACUGGACAUGUUACUAUCAUUGAUCUUCGAUCCGAUGAUUAUCAGGUCGAUUCCUACAACUCAUCGUGGCCUUUAUAUAGCAAUAAUUCCAUUGAUUCUAGUUUGCUUGAGUUGAAAUACUUAAAUUAUUUGGAUUUAAGUGGGAAUCACUUCAACUAUACUCAAAUCCCAAGCUUUUUAGGUUCAAUGGUUGAGUUAACAUAUCUUAAUCUUUCGAACACAGUCAUUUCGGGUAAAGUUCCCCCUCAUUUAGGAAAUCUUACUAAAUUGAAAGUUUUUGAUUUAUCAUUCAAUUAUCAACUGCAAAGCAAUAAUGGUGAUGUUGAAUGGAUAUCUCACCUUUCAUCAUUACAAUUCCUUGGCUUGACUGACAUGGACUUCUCAAAAUCUUUGAAUUUGAUGCAAGUACUAAGUUAUCUGACUAUGUUGUCCUCUUUAAGACUGUCAAGUUGUAGCCUUCAAAACAUCUAUUUCUCUUUGAGUUCCUCAAAUUAUUCUUCAUUUCUCAGCCGAGUUCAACUGUUAGACUUAUCUUACAAUCAAUUAAACGGUUCAACUCCUAAGGCUUUUCAAAAUAUGUCUUCCUUGAAUUUACUAAACCUUUCAGCAAAUAAGUUUACUGCUAUUGAAGGUGGACUCUACUCUUCCUUCAUUAGAAACAAUUGUGGUCUAAAAGAAAUUAAUUUAUCAUGGAACUCUGAUCUUGAUGUAGAUUUGUUUGAAACUUAUGAGAAUGAAUCUAUAAGUUGCUUCAAUAAUGAAUAUGAUCUUCAAGUGCUUAACUUAAGAGGUACAUCUAUGAGAACCAAAAUUCCAGAUUGGUUGGGAAAAUUAAAAAACAUGAAGUCCCUUAAUCUUAGAUAUAGUAAGAUUUAUGGUCCAGUUCCAGCUUCACUAGGAAAUUUAUCAAGCCUUGAAUAUUUAUAUCUUUCAGACAAUGCCUUAACAGGAGCAAUUCCAACCUCAUUUGGAAGAUUAUUAAACUUGAGAGAAUUGUAUCUUUCAAACAAUAGAUUGGAAGGGGUGAGCGACGAAUGUUUUAUCCAGCUUGGAAAUUUGGAGUUGUUAGACAUAUCAAAAAACUUGUUCUUCAAAGCUGUUCUUACGGAAGCUAGUUUUGCAAAUCUCUCUCGUUUGGAGACCUUAGUGAUUGACCAUAACGAGCAUCUUUCAUUGGACAUGGACCCUAAAUGGAUUCCUCCUUUUCAAUUAAAAUCGCUUGUUGCAGACUCAUGUAUUGGUUGUUUUGGAAGUGAGUUCCCUCCAUGGCUUCAAAACCAAAAAUCAUUGAUUGAUUUACUUUUGUCCAAUAUGAGUAUCUCAAGUGCUAUACCAACAUGGUUGGCACCACAAAAUCUCACCACUUUGGAUCUUUCCCACAACAAAAUGACAGGCUCGCUUAUUACCAGAAUUGUUGAUCAAAUGCCCAAUUUGAGAUCGUUAUUUCUCAGUAAUAAUCUUAUCAAUGAUUCUUUAUUAUCUCCACUCUGCCAAUUGAAGAAUUUGGAGAUUUUGGAUCUUUCAAAUAAUAGGUUAUCUGGAAUUGUUCAAGGUUGUUUGUUAACUCCAAAUUUGUUUUAUUUAGAUUUGUCCUCAAACAACUUUUUUGGGACCUUUCCACAUUCACAGGGUAAUCUUUCUUAUAUUCAACAACUGUACUUGAGAAACAAUAAUUUUGAGGGGUCCAUGCCAAUUGUAUUGAAGAAUUCUCACAUUUUGGAUACAUUAGAUCUUGAAGGAAACAAAUUCUCUGGAAAUAUCCCCACAUGGGUAGGCAAUAAUCUUCUAAAUUUGCAAUUGCUAAUACUACGAGGUAAUUUGUUCAAUGGAACCAUUCCUUCAACUCUAUGCAAACUCACUGGGUUGCAGAUAUUGGAUCUCGCACACAAUCAAUUAGAAGGAGAUAUUCCACCAAAUCUCAGCAACUUCGAUGUAAUGACAAGAAAACGUUCUAAGGAUGGUUAUUACUACUACUGUGAAUAUUCAGAUGCUGAAAUGUGCUAUCAUAGUGAAAAAUAUGUAGUACAAAACAUCAAGUCAAGUGAGUUAAAUUACUCCAUGGAACAACUAAAAACAUUUUUAGUAAAAAUAGACCUCUCCAAAAAUCAUUUGGUCGGUUCCAUUCCAAGUGAGGUAAUUAUGCUUAAAGGAUUAUUUGGAUUGAAUUUGUCCCACAAUAAUUUAGUUGGGACAAUUCCUGCUGAAAUAGGAGAAAUGGAGGUGUUAGAAUCACUCGACUUAUCUUUCAACAAACUUUCUGGACCAAUUCCAAGGAGUCUAUCAAAACUAAGUUCAUUAGGCGUGUUGGUGUUAUCUCACAACAAUCUUUCUGGAGAAAUUCCUCGAGAAGGACAUCUCUCCACAUACAAUGAAGCUUCAAAUUUUGAUGACAAUCCAUAUCUAUGCGGGGAUCCACUUCCAACGAAAUGUGUAAAUGAGAAUUCAUCUGAACCACAAUUAAAAGAUAUGAACAAUGUGGAUGAAGAGGAGGAUAAAUGGGAGAAGUGGUUGGUUUACAUAAUGAUAAUUGUUGGAUUUAUAGUUGGAUUUUGGGGAGUUGUGGGAAGUUUAAUCUUGAAGAAGAGUUGGAGAUAUAAAUAUUUCAAGUUUGUGGAUGAGACUUAUUACAAGGUUGAUGCAACCAUUUGGAAGAGCAUAGAAUUUCUUAAAGGAAUCUGCAUUCCCAAAUGAUGAGUUUAGAUGCAAUGAAAGCUGGAAUAAUCAAUCUAUCUAAUAAGGAGUACAAGUAUCUUUUAGCUUUUUUAAAUAUAAUGUGGGAUUCUGAAAGUUUAGUAUUAGAAAUGGUUUUGAAAAAAGAAAACAAGUUCUAUGAACACUACUUGUACAAAUAGAGUAAGCCUUUUGUUUUAUUCAAUUCAGUCUUUACAAACGUCUUUAGAAAGAGACCAAACGUUCAUUUUUGUUUUAUAUUUUUAUUGUUUUAUUGCAACUCAAUAAAACAAUGUGGCUGAUGAAAUGAGGUUGAUUGUUUUUUUGUUAUAAAACAUCAUAAACUUCAAGUUUUA